AUGACACACACACGGAGCUUGAGCUUGCACGAGCGGUACAGUGUUGCGAGGCGCAGCGUUGAGUCGCCGUCGAUCGUGGCGGCUGCUGCGCUUGUGCACCUCGAUGCGGCCGAUCAGGCGUUUGCACAGCUGGAGGCGCAUCUGGCACAACGCAUCGACAGCGCGCUGCUACUCUACCCUCUGCUGGGAUACUGCGUCCAAUCACCCCGAUCUCGCAAGCCUACUUGGGCCCCUAUGGCACGCGCACCGACAUCGAACGAUAUCCUGCAAGUAGGACCCACAGUCGAUGGGGUGGUUGGACAGAAGAUCAUGGCACAGGCAUUACUGGGGGCUCAGCUCAGCCUGCCCAAGACGAGUGCGCUCGAAACGGGACCGCUGUGGCAAGUUCAGCUGCACCGCGUACAGGCUUCCCAAAGCGCACUCGUGGUGCUGGCUACGGACCAUGUGAUCAACGAUGGACGCGGAACGCUCAACCUCUUUCGCUUCCUCCUCCAGGCUUCGGCCCCGGUCAAUGCUCCUGCGGCAGAGAUGCCCAAAGCAUCGGAUGUGGUGUUCGACUUCAAGCCGUCGGUGCGGUACAUGCUCGGGAUGGUGUGGAAGGAGUUAUUGCUGCCUAAACUGCCGCUUCCAGGCAAGUUGGCCACCAAGCUACGUGGGCCCGUAUCGUGGCCCCAAGCACCCGUCUCUGCGCAGACGAACGAGGUGGCGCGUUGUCCCAAAGACUGCGCACCAGCGCUCGACAUUAUGCUCGUCUCGGCGCCACAACUCAUCACCAACCUCAAGCAGCUUGCCCACGCACACAAUCCGGCGCAGGGGAAGCCAGCCACUCUGCAUGCAGUCGUACAUACGCUCGCUCUAGCAGCCCUGUAUGCUGCCAUUGCGCAACCUCUCGAGGCCCACGCUUUGCACAAGUUCGAGAUGGUGUUCCGUACAGGUACGCCGAUUUCGCUUCGAACCGAUGCGCCAGCGUUGCCCGAGGUGUCGGGCAACUAUGUCUCGUCGUAUACGUGCAAGACCACCCUGCGUGGCAACGUGCCGUUUUGGACCGAGGCCAAUCGCUUCUCCACCAAGCUCGCCAGUCCCCGUGGAAGGGAUAAGGCAAAACACCAUAUGGGGAUGCUCGCCUACAUUCCGGACUUUGAAGGUGAUGUUGAGGCAUACGCUAAUGGAUGGGAGAAGUUCUUCGGAUCCCGCAUGGAGUCAAGCACACCUUUCGAUGCCGCAUUCACCGUCAGCAACCUCGGCAUGAUCGACGUUUCCACCCUCCAUGGCGAGGGAUGGAAGGUGAAGGAUGCCACUUGGGCUCAGUCACAUACGCCUCAGGGAGAAGCAUUCGGAAUCGACGUUCUUGGAUACAACACCGCAGACCAACAGUGUCUCAGCAUCGGACUCUCUUCCCGUCCAUCUGCUUUCCAGGAUAAAGCUCUCCACAAUAGGUUUGUGGCUUACCUCAACCACCUCGUUCGUGCCUUUGCAAGCACACCGGAGCACGAAAAGCCGCAGGAUCUCGAUCUCGACUCCAACCCUUCCUUUGCAGAUAUCGCCCUCCUCCUCUACUCGGCCCUCCCCAACGCUUAA